UGAUCAAAAGGAUGCUCUUGGCCUGAGAGAAGGUGCUCAGAACAAACCUUCGCCAAGGCCACCAGCUCCUUUGGUAGAACAUGCUCAUGUUUAUGGGAGGGAUACUGAGAAAAAAAUCAUUGUUGAUCUGUUGUUGAAAGAUGAUGUUGAUAGUGGUAGUAACAUUUCUGUUAUACCGAUUGUUGGGAUGGGUGGUCUUGGCAAAACCACUCUUGCUCAAGUUGUUUAUGAUGAUGACCGAGUACAAAAGUAUUUUGAGCUAAAAGUAUGGAUUACUGUGUCGGAUGAGUUUGAUAUUUUUAAGAUAACAAAAGAGAUCUUUGAGGGGGUCACCACCAACAAAUGUGGUACUGAAAACAUCGACGAACUUCGAAGGAAAUUGAAGGAAGCAUUGAGGGGGAAGAAAUUUCUCUUUGUUCAUGAUGAUGUUUGGAACGAGUCUUAUUCUUUGUGGGAUGCACUGAAGAGUUCUUUUGAGUCUGGAGCAAAUGGAAGUAAAAUUCUUGUUACUACCCGAAGCACAAUUGUCGCGUCUACUAUGGCCACUGGGCAGAUUCAUCAUCUACAAACUUUGUUGAAUGAAGAUUGUUGGCAGCUAUUUGUCAAACAUGCUUUUGGAAGUAAUUUUGACCAGAAUAGCAACAAAGAUCUGCAAGCACUUGGUAGAAAAAUAGUGGAGAAGUGCAAAGGCCUUCCUUUAGCAUUAAAGUCUCUUGGUGGAUUACUGCGCUGUGAACAAAAUCCUAAAAAAUGGGAAGACAUACUUGGCAGUGACACAUGGGAGGAAUUGUACAAGAAAGAGGGCUCCAUUCUUCCAGCUUUAUGGUUGAGCUAUCGUCACUUACCUACACAUCUCAAGCAAUGUUUUGCUUAUUGUUCCAUAUUUCCCAAAGACUAUGAAUUUGAAAGAGAAAAAUUGAUUUUAUUAUGGAUGGCAAAACUAAUGAGAUGCUCAAAGUGUACUUGGAUUCUGGCUCCACCCUCAAAUGGAUAUUCCUCAAUCAAAUCAGUGCAAGCUUUGGUCAAAAAUUGAAGUUCUGUUUUAAUCUGCAGCUUCUUUUGCUAUUGGUGAUGCCAUAGUGUAUGCUACUUCUUCUUUGAAAGUGACUCUAAACUAUCUACUUCCCCCGUCCUGCUUUGGAAUAUUUCAUCUUGCAUUGUGGAAGAUUGCUCGAAUCUUCAGUCGCUUUGCUGCCCUCAAUGGCACCAAAUGGGCAGCUGCUUCUGUUUUUAAUGAACUUGAAGAGUGGUGUGAAUUAAUGCCUCAGUUUAUUUUCUUUUUGUGGAUGAAAUGUACUUUCAUUGUUUGCUCUAUUUUUCUAUACUGGGAAGUUCUUAUAUAUGUGACGCCUCACUGACUUGAAAAUAUUUGGCACUGAGAUUUGUUUUUAAUUUUCAAUGAAGUCCCAUUUUAGAUUGCUAUU